GCCGCCUCUCUCCCUCUCCCCUCUUCAAUUAAAUCGAAGCUUCUUCCUCGGGAAAAAUGGAAGAUGCGGUCGUUAGGCUGCUUCUCGUGGGAGAUGAAAAAUGCGGCAAAACGACGUUUCUCUCGAGAGUGAAGGCUGGAGAAGGGAUCAAUCCGAUACCGCUCCUACGUGAUAUUGACCAACCAUACACAUUUUCUGUGAACAUGUCAUCCAGGAGGUAUCGUUUUGAGUUUUACGAUACUUCCAGCCCGGAAAACUGGCGGCUGCUGGAUCCGGAUGUCAUUAUCAUCUGCUACGAUAUCAGCCAGCGUUUGAGCCUCAUCAAUAUGAAAAGAUAUUGGAUCAACGAGGUCAAACAGUCGUUUUCGCGCAGAGACUCUUUGCCGGUGGUAAUAAUGGGGCUGAAGAGAGACUUGCGGUCUGAGAAUGAUCCAAAUGGUAUUAUAUAUCCGCAAGACGCCUAUCGAAUGGCCCAGGAGAUGAGGGCAGAUCGGUAUGUCGAAUGCUCGGCAGUGACGGGCGAGUUGAUAAGGCCGGCAUUUGAAGAUAUCUGCAAGACGGCCAUUGCGACGACAACGGAGAAAGGAGGACAGAGUGAGGGUGGCUGUACGAUAAUGUGAAGUGUUUCGGUUUGUUGCCGUCCUUAAUGUGAUUUUUAGAUAGCAAAGCGAGUUAUUGUUUGCCCAUGUUACCCAAAAAGAAAUGAAUCUGGUGUUGGUAGUUUUAAUCGUAGAUGAAAGUCUCAUGAAGCGUUUACAUCGUCCGCGGCAUCGUCCGCAUUGCCGUUUGCAUUGGGUUCUGAGGCCUCAAACUGGCCCAAAACCUCCAAGAUAAUGUUGACCAUUUCCUCCUGUUGC